AUGUCAGCUCUUGUGAUGCUAACAACGAAACGUGCACCAAAGAUAUGGCACCAUGAACCCAGCGGUAGCACCUCGUACUCCAACAAAGAACUUGAUGAUGCUUGGGCCGCUAUACGUUGCCAAUACGGGGAGAAGAUUGGAUUAGAUUCGAUGUUGUACAGUUUGAUGAAGCAUAACUAUAGUAUAGAUGAGAUGCUGGAGAAUAUCGAGAUGGAGCAGUGGAAGAAUUUAUCCCAACCUUUCGAAGAACUCAAUAUCGCCCAGCAGAAAGAGUUUGAACGAGUUCUCCGUGAUUUAAAAGGGAAAAAUUUUGGUGCCAUUCAGGAUAAAUUUAUGAGACAAUACUAUUUGGGAGAAAUUAUUCAGUACUACUAUCAGUCAAAACGACGAGCAUGCGUUCAUGAGCGUUACACUCGUUGUUUGUGCAGAGAAACACUGACAAAUGCUACCGUCGUUCAAGUGCCUCGUUAUGAGUGCGCAAACUGUACGAAAUAUUUGUGGGAAGGAAAGCAACGGCCGCCCAAGUACUGCGCUGUCUGUCAACUUUAUUACAAGAGAAAUGGCUGCCAUCGGACUGUUGUUGGCAAAUUAUUUGAAAAUGAUGAGAAGAUUGUUAGGCGUUGGAUAGAGCUCGAAAAGGAUAACAAGCGUACUAUGUCUAGUGCGGAG